AUGGCAGUUAUUGUAUGCCCAGAGUGUAGCCAAGAUUAUGAAAAGGAAGCAAAGUAUUGCUAUAAGUGUAGACUGGCAUUCACAGAUGAUCUACCAGAGAGUAUAAAGAAGUACCUGAGGCCAAGAGCAAUGCAGGCAACAUCAGGAGGUGGUGGCAUAGGUCAACGAUCACACACAGUGCCAUUGUCAUCUAGUAGUGCAAUGACAGACAAGUCAAUGCUUCAGAGGAAUGCCUCACAACCUGUACCAAUAUACAAUUCAAAGAGUCACAGCAGUGGCAACAUCAAUCUCACUGGUGGUGUCGGAUCAAACUUGAUAUCAUCCUCAUCGCCACCAUCAAUCAAUCACAUGGCCAACAUCAAUAAUACAACGUCGUCAUCCAAGAUGACCACUCCCGUUCAGCCAACUACGACACCAAACAAGAAACAGCCACCACAUGUACCAUCACAUCCUCUUCCAGCCGUGCCACACAGGCCACAUGCCAACAGUGCGCCAACACAACCUACACAACAACAUCAAACAACUCAAUCACAAACACAAUCAACUUCACCUCCACUUCCAGUUAACAACACUCCAGCAUCACAUCAUCGCCAGCCACCUCCACCACCUUCAACGACCCCGCCUCAGACCGCGGAGGAAGCCGCGCCACCCAGCAGGAGGCCACUUUCACGUCGCAUCCCACCGCCUCCACCCGGCAAGAAACUGGUGCGAGCUGUCUGGGAUUGUAUACCCGAGCAAGAAGGCGACCUAGAAUUCUACGUUGGCGACAUCAUAUCAGUCACGACCAAAGACGACGAGUCUGGUUGGUGGAUUGGCACUCUCAAUGGACGUUCAGGCCUAUUCCCACGCAACUAUGUAGAAGAGUACGAAGUC